UAUAUGCGCAAAGCAGUCGAGAAAAUGUUGCUGAGAAGUCGCUAACUUGCUUCAAUAGCUGGAAAGAAAGGAAAACAUAAAUAUCAGCGUUACUUUGCGUAAUCUAAGCAGUUGUGGAAUAUUUUCGUAAACAUAUUUAUUUUUUAUUUUAGUGCGUGGCUACUACGUGUCUUGCUUUACUGGUGAAUAGGCAGGACGCGCGAGCUGGUUAUCUUGCUAUAAAUAAAGAGGGUUUUUUUUUUUGGCGCGCGUGCAGACUCCGCUAGGCACGAGGAAAGUGGGUGGUUGCACGGUCUAUUGUUAGGCAUUUAAAAUCCACAUUCAAAGCCUGCCAUGGGGAAGAAACAGAAUUCAAAGACCAAGAAAGAGACGGAGCCCGUGGAGGAGUUUGUGGUGGAGAAGGUGAUGGACCAGCGCAUCGUCAACGGGAAGGUGGAGUACUUCCUCAAGUGGAAAGGCUUCACAGAUGCGGACAACACCUGGGAACCGGAGGAGAACCUGGACUGCCCCGAACUCAUCCAGGCGUACCUGACCGCCAAGGGGGCCACUGCCGAGGGUGACCCACCCACCCCUGAAGCCAUCAAAAGGAAGAGCACCUCCGAGGAGCCUGAGCCCGACGCGGCCAAGGCCAAGAAGAAGAAGGAGCUGGUUGAGAAGCCACGGGGUUUCGCGCGUAACCUGGAUCCAGAGCGGAUUAUUGGAGCCACAGACAGCAGCGGGGAGCUGAUGUUUCUCAUGAAGUGGAAGGACUCUGACGAGGCCGAUCUGGUUCCGGCGAAGGAGGCGAACACGCGCUGCCCCCAGGUGGUCAUCGCCUUCUACGAGGAGCGCCUCACCUGGCACUCGUGCCCCGAGGACGAGCAGCAGUAGCCCCGCCCCUCCCCCCUGCCCCGCCCCCUCGCCGACCUUACGUGGUUUUGUAGCUUAAGUUUUUAUUUCUUUUGGUUUGUUUCCGUUUCAUCAGGGCACUUGUUCUUUGUUUUUUGUUUUUUGUUUUAUUUUUAGAAGGUGCAGAGCAGCUUUUCCAUUGGCUGGCUGCGUUUGUACAUAUUUUAGUGUUGGCAUUUGCGUCUGGGGUCGUGGAUGACUUGACAGGCAGGGAGAUCGGGGGAGGGACACUGAGGUGGGCAGCUUUAGACUCCCCAGAGAACUUGAGGAGAGAACCCAGACCUGCCCCAUCCUGCCCUGUCCCGCCCCCUUUGUUACCCUCAGCAGGUCUGUGUCCGAACAUCCGCACCCUGGUUACUAUGGAGACACCAAUAACAAAGAUUCUGGUGGGCUUUUGGGGGUGGAGCCUGUGGGGGGACUCCUCCCACCACCGUGUUAGAGUCUCAUAAAAUCCUUGUUUAAUCCUCAGUUAUUUCAGUACAAAUCAGUUUUUAUUUGGUCAGUAUCUGCGCUGUAUGAAGCUGGAGUGUGUGCCGGUUGUUUUUUGUUUUUGUUUUGUUUUUUCCCCUUGAAUCCUGUUGAAACGGUGGCAGCUCUGUACGUUCACCCUGUAAAUAUUUUUGCAGCUGUUCAAUAAAAGCUUUCUACUGCUGGUUUUA